ACUCGGACCGAAAACACGUCAAGCUCUAGAGCAGUGCGCGUCGUCCCGUUGUCAUAAAACAUUGGCUCUGACAGUUCGUCCGCGAGCGGUCUUAUCGAUGAUUAUGCGGUCAACAGGUCCUCUGGUCGUCUUCUAGUUCAGUGCAAAGUCGGUUUCCGCUUCUCUUGUCACAGUGGAACUAUUAUGUAACAGUGAAAACUUUUUUUCUGUGUUCUAUUCCCGAAUAGUUUAAAACUUAAAAUGAGUUCUUAUCAGUUCGUGAAUUCCUUGGCGUCCUGCUAUCAGCAAGGGCAAGCCGUGAGGUCCGGUGCCUCCCCUGUGGACCCUUCACAUCCUCAGCACCCUCAGGCGAGCAGUCCGGGGUCGGAGUACUACAACGCUAACCCCGGAGUCGUGUCCUCGUACGCUCCCGGAGGUUGUUACUCUCCACAGCAGUACGCGGGUCAAUACAUGCACCAGUCCGGGGACAUGAUAGACUACACUCAACUGCACUCUUCCCAUAACCGGCUGGGAGUGGGCCAUCUGCAGCCCUUGCACCACCACACGGUCUCCUCUCCAGGAGCUGUCUCGCCGAUCCUCAACAACAACACGACAGUGACCAACCUCAGCUCCAACUCCUGCAAGUACGCUGACUCCACCACGGCAACGACCAACGUGUCGUCCCCUCAGGAUCUCAGCACAGGAGGUCAGCCCGCCAGAAGUUCUUCUCCCAUAAAGUCCACACCGGCCUCCUCGGCCAGAACUUCGGCUUCUGCAUCGGCUACCUCCCCUGCGACGUCGGCAGCCCAGAACUCGUCGACGGCUGCCUCGCAAAGCUCCUCCUCUCCGGCUUCUUCGACAUCCUCGAACUCUUCGAACACUGGGAAUAAUUCGACCUCCAAGACGGGAACUUCUGGAAACCCGCCCCCACAAAUCUACCCUUGGAUGAAGCGAGUUCACCUUGGCCAAAGCACUGUGAAUGCCAACGGGGAAACCAAGCGGCAGCGAACCUCGUACACGAGGUACCAGACUCUGGAGCUGGAGAAGGAGUUCCACUUCAACCGCUACCUGACGAGGAGACGGAGGAUCGAGAUCGCCCACGCCCUCUGCCUGACGGAGCGUCAGAUCAAGAUCUGGUUCCAGAACAGGCGGAUGAAGUGGAAGAAGGAACACAAGAUGGCGUCGAUGAACAUAGUCCCCUACCACUACCACAUGUCCCAGCCCUACCCCAACCCCUACCAGUUUACGCAUCUGACUACCUAAUCCUCGGCCAAUUGGUACGCGGAGUACCAAUAGUCGGAUGGCCUACAGACUUAAAGACUUCCUGCUGUGAUUAGUGAAGUGUUAAGGGAAACUCGACUUUAAUGUUCCUACGUGGAUUUGGAAAGCCAAGUGACUUUCUCGUAGUGUAAAUCGAUCGUUUAGCUUUAAUUUUGUAUGUAGUCACCCCCAAACAGCUUUUGACUUAGGGUCGUUAACUCAUGGUAAAACCAGACAACUUCUGCCCUAGGUGCUCUGUAUAGACAAACUCGAACUAAUCAAAAGACAUUAGAUCAUAUAAAAGAGCGAGUCAGAGUAUUUAUUUGCUUGUAUUUACUAGUAGGUAUAUGUCCACUUCGUAUUUUGCACGAAUACUUUUGUCGGAUUCGCGAGGUGGUGAUAGUGUUUUCCAUUCACAGUUGACAGCCGAUAAGUAUAAAUACAAUUACCACUAAUUUAUUACGUACUGUUUCUUUAGAUGAACCGCUUUUGACGAACAUUACAUUCGAUUCGAUAUAUUUCAAUAAUCAAUAGUUUUACGCGACAUUACGCUGUUUUCGGGAUUAUUCUUUUUGUAAUUGUUUUUGGCUGUGCUUGUUUUCGUACGAAAUGUGAAGAUUGUAAGUAAAACGUAUACUGAAAAACAAAAAGUGCAAUAAAGCAUGGACAUGUAUAGUAAAUGUACAUAAUUAAGUACUUAUUGUAACUUAGAUGUAUGUGGUUCUCAGUGUACCAUAUCUAUGUGGGUGGCCCAGUGAACUGUAUACGAUUUUAUAUUGUCUUUAGCAGAAUCUCUGUCAACAAAUUCGGAAGAAUACAGGGGAUCGCUGUAGGCUAACAAAGUGUAGAACUAUCAUUCUAUUAUUUAUGUGUGGUUAGAUUUGUGUAGAUAGAUACAGUACAGACACCUUCUGCAAUAGAAUUGUUCUUGUUGCGAAUCCAGCUCCGUCGUUAAUUUAUGUUUGUGUUUUUGAGUUUUGUUAAUGUUGUUAUUGUGAUGUGAUGAAGCCAUCGUCACUCCUUGUAGCUAAUCAGCAAACACAUUUUGAAGUUAUGUUUUAUUAUGUUAUUGUGUGUUGAUGUAUGGUGAGUUAUAUUUAGAGUAUCUUUGUACUAAAUUUAAAAACACUUGUGUCGCUCUGAAAAUAUUGUAUAACUUGUUAAUUAUAUUACUAUGAAUACAGCUAAAAUUAAUAACUUUCAACAAAAACUAAUUUAUGUCCACUACAUUACAUAUAUAUACCUAUUAUAUUAGUAAUACAUGUUUAAGAAUACUUUGUACACUUAGUUCCUUACAUUUAGGAAGUAAUAAAACUAAUUGUAGCAGACAAAUAAUUCACGCAUUUAAAUAAUCGUAAACUACUAUGUCGAACUCAAAUCAUUACCCUUCACAGAAAGGGACUUGCUUUCCUUAUAAAUAUAUAAAACCUCUGGUUACAUUUUAUGUUUGAAAUCCGGUUUCAUUACAAAUUAUUUUUUCUGUUUAUGACCUUCAUUCAACAACUCGCUUAUUUAUACACUAUUUUACUGUGAAACAGAUUUAGUGACUCUAAUGUAUUGCUUUUCGGCUCUAAUCCAAAUUGAACAUUAUACCACAUUAUUACGUAAUUGACUUAUCAAAAUAAUAUUAUGUUUGGUACCAUUAACAGUAACGGUUGUUUAUUCCAUUUUAAUAUUUACUCAUUGCGUUCCUUAUUUUCUUUUUUAUAGAACAUUUGCCUUUCAUUUAGACUGUGUAUUUAUUUAAUCAAUAGUAUGCCUAUUAUAUAUUUCUUAUAUAUGUGUGGCGGUAAAAACCCCUUAUUAUAGUAAGAAAUUCAUAAUAAAUAUUUCAAGAAUCAUUAUUUCUUAUAAGUUCCACCUCAUACACAAUGAAAAGUAUACGAUUAUUUAAAGUUUUGCUACAAGUUUACCGUUACUUUGCCGAAAGAAAUAGUAGUAUUCUGUUUUAAUUUAGUCGAAUUGAUUAGUUGUAUUCUUUUUUGUUUUUUUGUUAUUAUUUAAUGUUAUGAAACUGUAAUUUAAUAAUUACUGAGUCAUUUUAUUCACAAUGGUCGCGAAAGAAAUAUAAAAGAAGGAGUAAGCAUGUCAAAGUAAAUCAUGUGUAAUGUAUAAUGUUUCAGCUUCUGAUGUACUAGAAAUUACUUAGAUUUGUGAAUUCGCAACAAGAGCUAACACAAGUAUAUUUCUCUCUAUAUUUCUCUUAUCCCUCCCCUCUCUUUACCCCAGGUGUAUACAGUAUCUAUAUGUAAUCAUGUAUGAAUGGAUAAUAAAUAAACUCUAUUGAUUCACUC